AUGGAUUUUUUCACAAGAACUGGUUCCUCUGACAAGAAGAAAAAGGGUGAAAAAGCCAAGUCCAAGAAAGGUUCUUCAAAGGAUCAAGGAAGUGCUGAAGGGAUCGCCAGCUUCUUGCAGUCUCUCGGAAACUCAAUUUCUGGUUCUGUCGGAAAUGGAUCGAUACGGGCCAAAAGCAUCAACAAGAACCAGGAGGCGAGCAGAGCAAGCACCAAGUCCAAGCGAGGAGCCAAGAGCAAAGUGGCUCGAAGUGGGAUCGUGGCCAAGAGCGGGAUAAACGCGGGCAAUCAAUUCAGCAGGGAGAAUGUGCUUAUGGAAUAUCGGUCGGCUACUCUAGGUACUCAGCUGACUGAGGCGCUUGCCGACGACACGCUGGCGGAUGUGACUUUCAUUGUCGGCCCCGAGAGAAAAGUAGUGAAGGGUUUGAGGAUUGUGAUUGCAGCAAGAAACAAGUUCUUCAAGAGCAUGCUCUAUGAAUCGAAGAUGGAAGAUGGAUCUUUGCAAGCCACGUUUGAGCUACCAAGCGCACACGCCGUUUCCUUUGACUUGAUGAUGAAGUUCAUCCAUGCCGGCGGCAUCUCGUGGGAGCCGCACCAGACUGUUCAGCUGCUGGAAGUUUCCAUCGACUUCCAAGUCGAGGAAUUGAUGAAGAAAUGCAUGGAGCUUGUCUCUGAAUCCAUGACGGACAAUCUUUCACUUGCAGAACUUACCAAGUUGAUUCAAAUACUUCUUCGAGGUGAGGGGUUCGAUGUGAAUCUGCAGCAUCCUAAGACGGGGACUUCUGCUCUUCACGUCGCCUCCCGUGAGGGAGGCGUUGAACUCGUGAUCGAUCUCCUUUCUCGAGGCGCCAACUUGAAUUGGACAGACAUUCAUGGAGCUACGGCCAUGCAUCUGGCGCGUAACGCAGAGGUCGCACAACUUCUGAUCAACGCCAAGGCGGAUGUGUUUGCAGCAGACAAAGGAGGCAACCCUCCUCUCGUCUACUCCAUCGUGCACAAGCGCAAGGAUGUUGCGGAGCUUCUUCUCGCUAUGAACUGCGGCGAAGCUCUCUUCCGGUCGGUACAGGAAAAGAACGACACCAUCAGCAGGAAGCUCAACAAGGGGCGGGUGACGCCCAUCACUGAGGUCAAGACAAGCCCGACGAUGGAGGCGCUGUUGAAAGUGAUCGAGCAAGAGGCAGAGCUCUACCCGCUGAUGAUCUCUCCUCCCUCCCUCAUCGAGGUCGCCCGCGCAGGAAGCACAUGGGGCACCAAGUCAGCGCUCGCGCGAGACGAGGACGUAAACCAACGAGACGACAGGGAAGCUGCCAAGCUUUCUCUACCAGGUUACACAGCCUUGCACUGGGCAGCAGCGAUGGGACAUUUCGGAGUGAUCCAGUGCCUUCUGUCUUCUGACGACAUCGAAAUCAAUCCUACCGACACAGAAGAGGAGGACGGCUACACGCCGCUGCAGCUCUGCAUCAAUUACAGACAGCGUCAGUGGGAGGCGUGCGCGGCGCUCAUGAGAGCCCAUGGAGCAAAGGAACGAGCAAGCUUUGAGUCUGACGAGGACGAGGACGAGGACGAGGAGAUGGAGGGAGCAAGCAUGAGCAAGACAAGCAUCAACAGAGGAAAGACAAGCGGAAGCUCUGCCCCCACCACCGCUUUUUUCUCUCGUGUCUUCAACAACAGAAUCACAUCUGCAGUCUCCAAGAUUGUCGCCCGCCCUUCGACCAGUGCCUCCAAGAAGUGGCAGAGUUCGAAGCGGCAGGGAGGGAGUCGCAAGGUGAGGUCCUCGCAUUCCUCUUCCAAGAAUUCCUCGAGGAAGUGA